AUGGACGAAAGCACUUUACACGACGACAUACCAAAUUUAGUAGAAAGCACACAGUCAGAUGAGGAAGAUGUGGAAGCAGGAAGUUCAGGACGUCCAGCAACUCAAAGCCAUUCAACUAUAAAAUCAUUUAUUAAUAAAUAUGAUUUUGCUGCCAAAAACUUGUCGCAUUCGGAGCCAACUUCAUCCAGUUUAAGCUUUACUUCCUCUAGUAAUCGAUAUCCAAUGCAUAUGCCAUCCUUCAAGCGGAUAGAUUUCAGUAAUUUUAAUGAUUCACUAAUUGAAGAAAGAAAACCUGCAUGGAAAUUGUGGCAGGAUUCAAUUAGAGAUUCCUAUUAUACGGUACGUAGAACUGCUGAAAAAAGCGUUGAAGAAACAGCAUUUAACGAUACCCAAUUAGUACGACGUCGAGAAAAACGGUCUGAUAGUCCAUUCGAAGAAUUAUCAAUUCGUAGUCCAUCUGUUCAAAGGCCAAGUUAUCAUGUGUUUUAUCCACAAACUACAGGAAUUUACCAUGAAACGGGUCCAUAUGCGGCACCAGCUGUACUCUCCUCUAAGGGAAUUGAAGCACACUACAACAAAAAAGCAAGCGAUAUUGAAGCACAUCUGCUAAAAACAACAAUUUUACCAAAUUCGAUGAAAACUAUUACGGUGCGUGAUUUCCGAAACGGACCAGCUCCAACACCUGGUAGUGUAUCAGAUGAAACGGAUUUUCAAACAUUCAUGCCACGUCCGUAUUACAGUCGUCCAAAUCGUAAUGAUCCAGAUUAUUUUGAUUUUGAUUUGCAAUAUUCUGUUGAUCUGUACAAGCGUCCAGAGGGUAAAUAUGUUCCACGAGGGCCACAAAUAUGGGAGGAGAAACUGUUACGAGAAUCAAGUUCGAAAGGUGAUGUGCCAGUAUCAACUUAUAUGUUUAUGAAGGAUGAUACAGAUUGGCGUACUGCUAGUACAUCCUACCUGAGUGCUGCAUUACGAACUCCGUCAUUCUGGGAACAUCGGUUUCAGUCAAUUGGUCGAGAAGUCCGUGAAAGCAAUCCCAUUUCAUUUGAUAGUCUUGCAAGGAAUAAGCCAAUACCAAAUCGUUUCACGGAAUACCGCGACCCAGACUACGAAGACUUAUCGGAUUUUGAUAGCUAA